AUGAAGACAGAGAAUCAGCUCAUCAGCUUUGCAGGGCUUGGCUCGCCCCUGGGACUUUCCCAUCGACUUCCCUCCGGCUUCUCUCAUUUGCUUUUCGUCUCCGUCUCGAUUCCACCUCGACCGAUUCGAGCUGAGAUCAGCAAGACGAGGCCAGGGGUGAUGGCUUCGACGUCAAACACAAUCUUGCUUGCUUCAGCCGAGCGGUCGACCAGCUCCGAAGUCGGAGCCGGUGAAUGCAGCGGCUGCGGAGAGACGAUCGCCGGUGUCUGCUACAAGUGCAUCGAGUGCCUCGAUUACAUGAUCUGCUCCACGUGCGAGGCGGACGGCGUCCUCCACACCGGCCACAACGUUCUUCGAGUCGCCGACUCCAUGAGUCGAUUGUCCCAUGACGUCGUGGGAGACGUUCACACGAACGUGCAGUGCGCCUCCUGCCACGGCCCGGUGCGAGGAAGUCGCUACAAAUGCCUCCAAUGCCGGGACUUCGACCUCUGCGCCACGUGCGAGGCCAGCGGGACCAAGCACUCGCAUCACCUCCUCAUCAGACUCCCUUCUCGCAUGCCGGUCGUCCCUCUUACGCCUGACCUGGAUGGCAUAAUCAGCGAAAAACACCCUGGAGUGAAGUGCGAUUCCUGCAGCAAACGAGUGCGCGGAAGACGCUUCAAGUGCCUCGCGUGUCCCGACUUCGACCUCUGCAGCGACUGCGAGCAGUCGGGGGAGCCGCACUUCCAUCAUCCCAUGAUUCGCUUCGCCAGGCCGGGCUCCGUCGCUUUUAAAGCCACGACCGUCCUCCCAGAUGGUCUUCACCACGGAGCGAGUUGCGACGAAUGCGGAGGGAACAUCGCCGGACACCGCUACAAGUGCCUCAAGUGCCAGGAUUGGGACCUCUGCGCGAGAUGCGAGGCCGCUUCCAAGCAUCUCGAUCACCGCGUGGUCAGGAUGCCGUCGAGACGGGAGAAAGGAGUUCAUCCGGCUUUCUCCCCUGCCUCGCCCCCAGAGCAAGUCCGAAUGGAAGCGAUCGGGGUGCCCACCGACUUCCAGCACGUCUCGCACGUCGGCUGGGAUCCCAUCCAGGGCUUCGUCGUCAGCAACUUCCUUCGGAUUCCUCCCGGAUUGAGGGCAGUGAUGGAGAAAGAACUGCAGGGUCACGGAGCGAGCGGACCCCCUCCACCUCCCCGGCUCCCUCUCCCACCUCCCCGGCUCCCUCUCCCACCUCCCCGGCUCUCUCUCCCACCCCACCGGCUCCCUCUCCCACCCCCCCGGCUCCCUCUCCCACCCCACCGGCUCUCUCUCCCACCCCACCGGCUCCCUCUCCCACCCCACCGGCUCCCUCUCCCACCCUGUCGCGACGCUGAUUCGGCUGCCAUGACGAGCGAGGAUCGGACUCCCGGUGCUCCGAACGGUCAGAUGGCUUCUGUCUCUGUCUUGCUGGGCACGAAGCGUGAUCGUCGUAAUUUCUAG